AUGAGCAGCCACAGCAACAUGCACACGCUCGACAUCCACUCCGCAACCUCGGAAGAGAUUCUUUCCCUUGACAACAUCCGCUCGGUGCUCAUCCGACUCGAAGAGACCAUCUGCUUCCAGCUCAUCGAACGAGCGCAGUUCGCCCGCAAUGCCAGAUGCUACCUUCCCGACGGGUUCCCACAGCUCAAGGAGCGCGAGGGCUGGAACAGCUCGUGGCUAGCGUGGUUCUUGAAGGAGACGGAAAGCACGCAUGCCAAAGUGAGGAGGUUCGAGGCGCCGGACGAGUACCCUUUCACAGACCCGAAAUUGCUUCCCAAGCCGAUUCUGGAACCGGUCGAGUACCCGGAGUUGCUCUGGAAGCAUGAAGUCAACGUAAACGACCAGAUCCUCAAGUUUUACGUAGAGUCGAUCGUUCCGGAUAUCACUAAGACUCUGGGAGAGAACGCCGACGAUGGACACUACGGAUCCUCCGCUAUCCGAGACAUCGAAGUGCUAUCAGCUCUGAGUCGAAGGAUCCACUUCGGAAUGUUCGUCUCGGAAUCCAAGUUCCGCACCGAACCAGCGGCAUUCAUCCCUCACAUCCUCAACCCGAACCGCGAAGCCCUCGCUGCGCUCAUCACCAAGCCGGCGGUCGAAGCGGCUCUGCUCGUACGGCUGGCCGAAAAGGCCAAAGUGUACGGUCAGGACAUGGAUCGAGCGGGUGCGAAUGCCGAGGAGAGGGAGAAGGCGAGGAAGAUCGAGGUGGACACGGUGGUGAGCAUCUACAAGACGUUUGUGAUUCCGCUGACGAAGGAGGUCGAGGUAGAUUACCUGUUGACGAGGUUGCAGGGUGUGGAGGAGGAGAAGGUGAAGGAGAUGGUGAGGAGUAAUAAGUUUGUAAGUUAG